AUGAAAUACCUCAUCACCUUCACCACUGACCCCUCUGCGCCCGCCUGGCACGGCUUCUUCUACAGUGCCAUCUUUGUGCUGACCAACAUCAGCAGCAGCCUGACAUCGGCCUAUCAACAGCACCGUAUGGCCGUGCUGGGCAUGCGCAUUCGCACCGCCCUGAUGAGCGCCAUCUACCGAAAGUCCCUCGUGUUGGCCGCCCACUCCAAGAGCAGCUACACCACCGGGGAGAUCGUCAACCUGUGCGCCGUGGACAGCCAACGCUUCAUCGACCUCCUCCCGUGGAUCUGCUUUCUGUGGACGGCCCCGGUGCAGAUCGUCAUCGCCAUCUACCUCCUCUGGACGGAGCUGGGCUACUCGGUGAUGGGCGGCCUGCUUCUCAUGAUCCUCUUCAUUCCCAUUCAGGGCUGGGCGAUGAACUUUGUGAAGCGCAUUCAGGCGAAGCAGAUGGAGCUGAAGGACCGUCGGCUGAAGGCGAUCACCGAGAUGCUCAACGGAAUGAAGGUUUUAAAGCUGUACGCCUGGGAGGAGGCCAUCGUGCGGAACAUCGAGGAGAUUCGCUCUCAAGAGCUGCACUACAUUCGCAUGUCCGGCUACGUGACCACCAUUUUCAAUCUGAUCGCCUACACCAGCCCCUUCAUGGUCACCUGUCUCACCUUCACCCUUUACAUCUUCUUCGGCGGCGAGGGCAACUACCUGACCGCAGAGAAGGCCUUCGUCUCGGUGGCACUCUUCAAUAUGCUUCGCGUGCCACUGGCGCAGAUUCCCAACAUGGCCACCAGUCUGAUGUUGGUCAUGGUCGCCCUGAAACGACUCAACAACUUUCUCGGCACAGACGAGACGACGGACUACCUGGAGAAGGCAACGACCACCACCGCCGGACAGCACUUUCUAACAACUAAAGAAAGUAAUCGAGAAGCUAAAAACCGAAACCUAAAGGCAGCAGAAAGCAAACAGGAUGAAGACGAUGUACAAGAAAACGCCGUCGAGCUGAAGAACGCCACCUUCACCUGGGGCCGGGCCACCGACCCGACCUCAACGCGGACACUGACCAACAUCAGUCUGGCCAUUCCCAAGGGAUCUCUGGUGGCCGUCGUUGGCUCCGUCGGCUCGGGAAAGUCCUCGCUGCUGUACGCCCUGCUAGGAGAAAUGGAAAAGGUGGGCGGCUCGGCGGGCGUGGUGGCCAUUGCGCCCGACCAGCAGAAGUUGGCCUACGUCGCCCAGCAGGCGUGGAUCCAGAAUGCCACCGUGCGGGAUAACAUCCUCUUCGGGAAGAAGUACUCCCCGGACAAGUACAACAAGGUCAUUGAGGCGUGUGCCCUGAAACCUGAUCUGGCCAUGCUCUCCGCUGGGGACGCCACCGAGAUCGGCGAGAAGGGCAUCAACCUGAGUGGAGGCCAAAAACAACGCAUCAGCAUCGCCCGAGCCUGCUACUCUCAGGCGGCACUGUACCUCUUUGAUGACCCGCUCUCUGCCGUCGAUUCGCACGUCGGCCGGCACAUCUUCGAGCAGGUGCUCGACUCCCGAACCGGCCUCCUUCGAAACCGGACGCGAAUUCUGGUCACCAACGCCCUGUACAUGCUGCCCCACGUUGACCAGAUUGUCCUGCUGAAGAACGGCCACGUCGAGGCGGUGGGCACCUACGAGGCGCUGAUGGCGGACACGCCCGUCUUCAGCGACCUGAUCGCCAACUACCACUCCAACUCGGCGAAUCUUGACCCUCAGAAGUUAGGCAACAGUGAAGGUGGUGAUCAUCACGAAGAGGGCAUUGGUGGUGGUGAUACUGAUCAACACCAAAUGAUGAUGGUCGAGGAAGAUGAGCACUUCCUCGAAGCGGGCGUCGUCCCUGAUGAAACUCGCGCCAUGCUCGGUCGCACUUUCAGCAUCACCAGCGGCCUGACGCUGUUCAGCACUCGAGAGCGCCACAAUUCCGUCGGCUCCAGCCCGUCGAUGUUACUAGCCCAACAACAGCAGGGACAAACUAAACACACGAAAACGCUGACCAGCGCCUACGAGGAGCUGAAGGCCAAGUCGAAGUUGGUGGAGGCGGAGAAGAUGGAGUCGGGCACGGUGACCUUUGCCGUGUACCGGAAGUUCUUCGCCAGCCUCGGCUUCACCUGGUCCGCUGCCAUCGUCUUUCUCUACUUCAUGAUGGUCGUCAGCAGCUACGGAGCGAACUUCUGGCUCAGCCACUGGACCGACACGAUGGCGGAUCAGGUGCCCGGGUCGACGGAGUACGAGAAGGAUACGCGACUCAACCUGCUGUUCUACUUUCUCAUCGGCGCGACGCAGUUCCUCUUUGUCAUCUGCGGCUGGCUGUCGAUUAUCAGAGGGACCAUAAGGGCGUCCACCAAUCUGCACGCGGCCCUCAUCAGCAGCAUCGUCCACGCGCCGAUGUGGUUCUUCGACACGACGCCCCUGGGGCGCAUAGUGAACCGCUUCAGCAAAGACAUCGACGUCCUGGACACGGCCAUGGCCAUGUUGAUACGAAUCCUCAUGAACCACAGCUUCAACGUGCUCGCCACCAUGUUCACCGUCAGCGUGCAGACGCCCCUCUUCCUCGCCGUGGUCAUCCCCUUCCUCAUCAUCUACGGGCUGAUUCAGCGCUUCUACGUGGCCACCACGCGCCAGCUGAAGCGCCUCGAGUCCGUUUCCCGGUCGCCGAUCUUCACGCACUUCAGCGAGACGAUCAGCGGCGUGUCGACGAUUCGCGCCUACCAGGCGACGGAGCGCUUCAUCGCCGAGGCGGACAGUCGAAUCGACGCCAACACCGCCGCCUUCUACCCGAACGCCGUCGCCAACUGUUGGCUGCAGGUUCGCCUGGAGAUGAUGGCCGCCCUGCUCACCUUCUUUGCGGCCAUCUUCGCCGUGCUGGGCAAGAACACCGGCGGCGGCAUUGGCCUCUCCCUCAGCUACGCCCUCAACAUGACGCUGGCGCUGAACAUGUGCGUGCGAAUGUACGCCGAGCUGGACUGCAACAUCGUCUCGGUGGAGCGCAUCUCCGAGUACACCUCGGUGGCGCCCGAGGCGCCCUGGUACCGCGAGGCCGAUGAGAAGCUCAGUCCCGACUGGCCCGAGGUGGGGCGGCUGUGCUUCGAGGCCUACGGAACACGCUACCGUCCGGGGCUUGAUUUGGUGCUGCGCAGUGUCGACCUGACGACGACCCGAGCAGAGAAGAUCGGCAUUGUCGGGCGGACGGGUGCAGGCAAAUCAAGCCUAACUCUGGCUCUCUUUCGGCUGAUCGAGGCGGCCACCGGUCGCAUCUGGAUGGACGGCAUUGACAUUUCCACGCUGGGCCUGCAGACGCUCCGCUCUCGCAUCACCAUCAUCCCCCAGGAGCCGAUUCUCUUCUGUGGCACCAUUCGCCAAAACCUCGACCCCUUUGGCCACCAGACGGACGACCAGCUGUGGCGAGUCCUGGAGCUGGCCCACCUGAAGCCGUUUAUCAACUCGCUCGGAAAUGGCCUCUCCCACGUCGUCUCCGAGGGCGGCGAGAACCUCAGCGUGGGUCAGCGUCAGCUGAUCUGCCUGGCUCGGGCGCUGCUUCGAAAAACCAACGUUCUCGUCCUGGACGAGGCCACAGCCGCCGUCGACCUGGAGACGGACUCGCUGAUUCAAAGUACGAUUCGGGCGCAGUUCGCCCACUGUACCAUCUUCACCAUUGCCCACCGCCUGAACACCAUCAUGGACUCGGAUCGGGUGCUUGUCCUCGAUGCCGGAAAUGUGGCCGAAUUCGACUCUCCGGCCAAUCUGCUCGCCGACUCUUCCACCAUUUUCUACUCGUUGGCAAAGGAUGCCGGCAUUAUUUAG